UCCUCACCCCUUUAUGGUGCAGAAGCAAGAAAUGACGGAGCUGGGCUGCACUCGGGUGCAGACUUCUGCAAGGAGCCGUGAUGUAGCAGCACAGGGAAAGCGGGAGGUGGUGUGGAAGCAGGGCAGAUGAGCUCGGCUUCUCCACAAACCACAGCUUCCCUCCCAGCAGCUGCGGGUGCUGAUACAGGGCCUGUCCAGCCUCUGCUGCCAGACGGGAGGCAACGCAGCAGGAGAGCAGACACUGAAGGGUCAUGGCCGCGCGCUUCCCCGCUCUGCUGCCGCUGAUCCUCGCAGCGCUGCCGCCCGCCGCCGCCGCCCCGCCGCCGCCCUGCCCGUGGGAGAUGAACAAGGUGAAGGACAUCGUGGAGGUGAACUGCACCGGGCGGGAUCUCGGCGCGGUGCCCGCCGGCCUGCCCGAGGACACGGGCAUCCUGCUGCUCAACGCCAACCGCCUGGCGUCCGUCUCCACCGCCGACUUCCGGCCGCUGCCCGCCCUGCAGGACCUCGACCUGUCCGACAACGACCUGCGGGACGUGCACGCCGAGGACCCGCUGCCCAGCCUGAAGGAGCUGCUGCUGUCCCGCAACGCGCUGCAGGCUCUGCCCGCCCUGCACGUCCUGCCCGAGCUCACCCGCCUGGCCCUCGCUCACAACCAGCUGCGCGCUCUGGCCCCCGCCGCCUUCCGCGCCGUGCCGCGGCUGCGGGACCUGGACCUGCGGGGCAACGCGCUGCGGACGCUCCCCGAGGACGCCUUCGCGGGGCUGCGGGUGCUGGAGGACUUGGAUCUGUCCGACAACGCCUUGGAGGAGCUCCCCGCCGGGCUGCUGCAGGACCUGGAGAAGCUGGAGACGCUGUGGCUGUCGGGGAACCGGCUCCGCGCGCUGCCCUCCGGCUUCUUCCCCGAGGGGCACCUCUUCGCCUACGUCUUCCUCACCGACAACCCCUGGCACUGCGACUGCAGCCUGCUCUACCUGCGCUCCUGGAUCCUCGGCAACGAGGGGAGCGUCUACGAGCCCGAGCGCGGCCUGGGGAAGACGAAGGUGGAGCUGGCCCCGGAGAAGGUGCUGUGCCGCAGCCCCGACGAGCACCAGCACAAGCCCAUCGUCCGCUUCAAGCCCAACUGCGGCCACGUGGGGGAUGCAGAGGAGGAUGAAUACGAUUACCCUGAUGUGGAAUGGACCCCCAAAAUGCCUCACGUGACCUCCUUGACCCCCACGUAUCCACCCAGCUCCAAAGAGCCCAGCACCGCCCCACGCGCUCUUACUCAGCCCGCUCUCACAUCCGCCGUUCCCCCCCUCGGCAUCCCUGCCGGCCCCGGUCUGACCCCGACUGCUUUCCUUACCGCCCCUGCACACACCACGGCUCCCAGCACCGCCCCUCCUGCAUCCACCAGUCUCACCAUCACCCCCCCCAGCACUGUGCAUCCCUCGCAGCCCCCCAGCACUGCCCCUUUUUACACUGCUCCCCCCAGCACCUCGCACAGCCCCACCAUCUCUCUGACGGCUGCUCCCAGCACUAGCAGCCAUCCGCAGAGCACCCUCACCACCCGUGCUGCCAGCAGCCCUUUCACAACGUUCACCAGAGCAUUUCCCACCAGUCCUUCAGCUCUGCCUUCCCCCACCGAGCCAGAGAGCACUUCAAUCACCACAUCUUCACCUUCUGCUCUGAUGACGUCCCCCACACCGGUGGUCCCCAACGCCACGCUUUCUGCUCACACCCCUACGUUGUCUGCUCCCCUGGACACCACGCACUUCCCCCGCCCAUCUCCUCCGCUCCCCCCUCCCCUGCUCUGCCCGUGCUCCACUCCAGCACAGACUCCAUCCGUGCUGCACUCGCAGGCAGCUGUGAAGGGUCUGCACUGGGAGCACUGGGUGCUGAGCCAUUGCUGUCUCCUGCGCUGGGUGCUCUACCUGGCCUGCUUGGCUCUGCUGCUCCUGUCUGUGCUGCUUUUAGCUUGCUGCCUGGUGUGGAUGUGUCUGACAAAACACGACUCACUGCAGACCCAAGAGGUGCAGCAUCCGCUGUUGAGGUUGGGGAAUUCAACACAAAGUCAUACCACACAUCUCUGCAUCUUCCGAAGCCCCCAACAACGCUCCACGUUCUGCACCACCAAGGAAGUAGAGCUGUGCCCUGAAGUUGCCACAUCCCACACUUACUGCACGAUUAAAGACCUGGGGGUGCAGCGCGGCCCUCCUGCAAAGUCCUUCUGCACCACGAAGGAGCUGUGGAUCCACCACGGCCCCCUGAAUGCUCCAUCCAAUCCUUUCCCCAUGGAGCUGACAGCCACAACACUCGGCUCUCUGCAGAGCCCUUCUACUCGCAGCCUGGACAGGGGAGUCAGGGCCAUGGGUGCUGUCAGGGUGAAUCAUGGUGCCAACACCUUGUAAAUGCUCCUGUGCCUUCAGAGGGGGGACGGAGGGCACGGCUCUGGCUCACGUCUCCUGCUGCACGACAGGAAAAUCUGCUCACUGCAGGAAGGGAAGGCAUCCAGCUGCUUGCCCCAGCACUACUCACACUCAUGGUGCUAGCUAGAUCUGAAAUGGUUUCUGGGCUGCUUGGCAGGGGUGGGAGUUGUCCUAAACCAGAGCUUGGGGCGGAAAUGCCAGGUUUGGGGUCAGUGUGGGAAAACAGAGCUGGAUUUAUCUGCUACAUGCUGACUGCUUCUGCUCAAAUGUCACACACGCACAUCAUGCUUUCAACUCAGAGUUGGUUUAUUAAUCACAGAAUAAAUAUUCUCUUUGCCUGAAUUCCAUAUGG